AUGUCUCUCUUCACUGCAGCACUGACCAUCUUGUCCGCCUUGCCGCUCGCUACGGCCUGGAUCCCGACUGUGAAAUCCGUGUACGAAUUCGGCAACGUCGCGGAUCCGGCGCUGAACCGAGACUCGUGCGGUUCCGUGCGCGUCGACGACCGCAUGCUGUGGACGUGCCGCGACACGCAACCCUUUGGCGGCGACGGCAAGCCCUCGCUGCCCGUGUGGUCGAGCAGCGCGGCAUGGACCAACUUCAACGGGCUGGCGCUGCCCGACACGCGCAUGUACGCGACGAACAACCGAAGCCCGUACUUUGCGCAGCUGGCCAGCGAGUGUCCGGUCAACUCGGCCGGCGGCUGCCCCGACGGCACGCGCUACGCCAUCUGGCCCGACCAGCCGCCGGCCAUUACGGCGCGCAGCGGCAACGUCUGGGCCGGGUAUACGUGGAUCGCGCGGCAGCACAUCCGGAGCGACUUUAGCAGCGUGGUCAAAGAUCCCAAAGUAUCGCUGUACAAGUUUGUCUACGACGUCAAGAGCGCGGAUCGCAACGCGGUCCCGCGCAUGACAAUCGUCAACGAGGCCAUUUUCCCUCAGGGCAGCUUCCCGUUUGGCACGCACGGCAGCGCCGUCAGGGACGGGCUCGUCUUCCUCUGGGGCAAGGCGUCCAACGGGCGCAUCGCCAUGGCGCGCGUGCCGAUUGGCGCCGUCGAGGACGCGAGCCGCUACGAGUACUACGUCGACGGAAAGUGGACGUCGCAGCGGCCCGGCAUCGACAAUCGCGGCGUCGAGGUGGCCAACUCGAGCGCUGGCGGGCAGGGCACGUACUUUUUCUCGCCGUUUUGGAAGAAGUGGGUGUGGAUUGGGCAGGGCGGACUGAGCAUCGCAGCAGAUUUCUACAUUACGACGGCGGAUAUCCCAGAAGGGCCGUGGGAUGCGCCGCGGAGCUUCUACAGAGGAAAAGAUGGCGGCGCGCCGCUGUCGGCGUACACGCUGCAGGCGCAUCCUGGCAUGCACUUGGCUGGAUAUCAUGAUGGAAAUGAUGUUUUCAUCUCGUAUACUAAGAAUGAUGAUGUAUACACUACGCCACUUAUCCGAGUCUUUUUCAACUAG